AUGAGGCUCAUCAACACCGCCACCCUCGACGUUGAAGAAUUCAUGGGCGAUUAUCCCGGCCGCUAUGCCAUCCUCUCGCACUUUGUCAAGGCCGCUGCGGCCGACGGCUUCUCGUAUGCGUGGGUCGCUGCGGCCGGCGGCUUCUCGUAUGCGUGGGCUAACACGCGACAAGGCCAGCAGCGCCGAGCUUAUAAGAAAUCUGCGCGCUGCUACGCGUACCUCGCCGACGUGCCCGACUGUUCAAAGAAAGAGAUUCGACAUGCAUAUUACGGCAAGAUCAAGAAUAAGGACUCGAACAUUUCACUGGGAAUGAGACGGCUAGAAUUUUUGCAGCGGCUGGACCAGCACGGUGUUGUCGUCGGCGAGAGGAUGCAUUGGGCCUCGUCUAGAACAACAACAAGGGUUGAAAACAUGGCCUACUGCCCCCUAGGAAUCUUCGACAUCAACAUGCCCCUCCUAUACGGGGAGCAAGAGAGGGCAUUCCUACGCCUGCAGGGAGAGAUAUGCAAACAUUCGCACGACUACACCAUCUUCGCGUGGAAGCAGCCCGAGGACCAGGUCAUCACCAGGUUAUCGAUGACAGCCUGCGCUAUCGCGGGCUCUUUGCCAGAUCCUCAUCCGACAAAGACGACGGCGCGCCACAGGUCGCAGCCGUCGAAGAACAUGUCAAAUAUCUUCGCGAGUUCGAUCGAUCUGCCCGCGCCGAGGAUAUGA